UAACAAGAAGAACCUAGAACAAUGAUGAAUAUGGAUCAUAUGAUCAAAUCAAAGAACAUUCUCGAGUGUCUUGAAACUACAACAUUAUAUACAUCAAUUUCAUCACUUCUGCUACAACAUUUUUCUCUUAUCUCUUUUUAUUUAUAGUACUAAAAGAGUAUCAAAUCAAUGGCUGACACUAUCUUUGGAUACCCUUUUAGACGUUUUUUCUUGGGCAACCCUCCAAUUUUCAGAGGGUACCCUGGCUCAACAGCACUAUUGGAUUGGCUCGAAUCCCCAACUUCACAUAUCCUCAAAAUCAACGUUCCAGGAUUAAGCAAAGAUGAGAUAAAGUUGCAGAUUGAAGAAGGGAAUGUUUUGCACCUUAGAGGAGAAAGUGGGAAAGAAGAGAAUCAUGGAAAGGAGAUUGUUUGGCAUGUAGCUGAGAGAGGGACUGGAAAAGAGGGUUUGUCAAGGAUGAUUGAAUUGCCUGAGAAUGUGAAAUUGGAUCAGAUUAAAGCACGUGUUGAAAAUGGUGUUCUCACUGUUAUUGUUCCUAAAGAUUCAGCAUCUAAAUCGCAUAAAGUUCGAAACAUUAACAUCACUAGUAGGCUUUAAGCUUUGCAAAAAUGUAUGUAAUUGUGUUAUUAUAUGAGUAAGAAUAGAGAGCAAGAAAAAUAUUCUGUGGUGA